AUGCAUCAUUUCGAUUUAUUGGUAGAUAAAGUUUUACAAAAGUUUCAAGAUUGUAUCUUGACCGAAAAUGACAAUGCACUUAGAGGAAAGCAACAAAACAAGAACUAUAGGUUACUUGUAAUUAUUGUCGGAUCACCAGGAAGUGGCAAAUCGACGAUAGCACAAUCGCUAAGGUCAAAAUUAGUUGAAACUUUUCAACAGAAAUGGUGGACUGAAUCAGAGUAUAAUAAAAUUAACGCUUCUUUGGAAAAUGUGAUUCCUAAGAGUUUCAGUUUGGAUGAUUUACGGGCAGAUGUCGAUUCUUUGAAAGAUUUUAAUCCUAAAGAUGUAAACAAAAUAAUUUAUGAUCUAGACAAAAUUGAACAAUAUAAGCCAAGGAAAACAAGUUAUUAUAGUGAUAAAAAUAUGGAAAGAACUGUUAUUGAGAGCUACGGUGGUUAUGAUAAUUCUAUAAUGUUAACGGUGGACAAGGGGUUCAGUAAAAAAAAAAAGUUAACUUAUAAUGAAUGGUGUGAAGAAUUAGUUAGUAUAGUCCCGAUGGAUGGGUUCCACCUAAGUAGAAAUGUUUUAGCAAAAUUUAAAAAUUCAGAUUAUAUGAUCGAAAGAAGGGGAUCGCCACCCACGUUUGAUUCUUCAAAUUAUUUGGAACUAAUUAAAUUAAUUUGUGAAACAAGUUGCUUACCAUACGUGACCGAUACCGGUAGAGAUGCUAGCACUUUGUUUAAGAUAUUGAAUAGUGAAAAUGCUGCUAGUCACGGUGAAUUGCCUACAAUAUAUUAUCCUGGUUUUAGUCAUAGUGAGAAAGAUCCUCAAGUAAACCAGCAUUGUAUUAAACCAAAUACAAGAAUAGUUAUUUUAGAAGGAUUAUAUUUGCUUUAUAAUAAAUCUGCCUGGGCUCAUAUAUAUCCAACAAUAGAUAAGAAAUGUGGUGAUAACCAUAUCGUUAUUAAGGUCUCAGUAGUCAAAGAUAGCCAUGGAAACGAGGUAACCGAGGAGGAAGAAAAAGUUCUUUCUAAAAGAAUAGCUAAUAGGCAUUUGGCCAGCGGGCUAGUUAGUACAAUCGAAGAAGGUUAUAGCAGAGCACAGAAAAAUGAUUUACUAAAUCAUCGGCUAAUAAAAGAAUAUUGUGUUCCCAAUGUUGCUCAGGCAAAUACUAUUGUGUAUGAAAAUUUGUAG